UGAGGAGCUGAGGGGUGGGGAAGCGGAGGGGAGUUUGGGAGCUGAGUGAAUUUCUGUCGGUUACAGGGUGUGGACAGCGAUGGGUGCCGAGAUAGAACAGCCGGGAGAGGUGGUGGGCUCUGCCGGCAGAUGGGUGUACAUGGACCACAAUGCCACCACUCCACUGGCCCCGGAGGCUGCUCAGGCCAUGGACGAGGCGGCUCGUCAGGCCUGGGGCAACCCCAGCAGCUCCCACCCUGCAGGCAAGAAGGCCAAGGAGCUCAUUGAGAGUGCCCGGGAGAGCCUGGCGAGGCUGGUGGGGGGCCGGCCCGAGGACAUCAUCUUCACCUCGGGGGGCACGGAGGCUAACAACAUGGUCAUCCAUACGGCCCUCAAGUACUUCCGAGAGAGCCAGGGGCAGGGCCAGGCUGUGCCACACAUCGUGACAUCGAAUGUGGAGCACGACUCCAUCCGCCUGCCACUGGAGCAGCUGGUGAAGGGACACCUGGCAGAAACUACCUUUGUGUCUGUGUCCCCACGAAGCGGGCGGGCCGAGGUAGAUGAUAUUCUUGCUGCGGUGCGGCCAACCACCUGCCUAGUUACCAUCAUGUUGGCCAAUAAUGAGACAGGGGUCAUAAUGCCUGUUGCAGAGCUGAGCCAGCGCAUCCGUGCCCUCAACCAGAGGAGAGCGGUGGAGGGGCUGCCCAGGAUCCUGGUGCACACGGAUGCAGCACAGAUGAUUGGCAAAGGGCGUGUGGACGUGCAGGAGCUGGGGGUGGAUUACCUCACUGUCGUGGGGCACAAGUUCUACGGCCCACGGAUUGGCACACUGUAUGUGCGUGGUCCUGGCACCACCACCCCGCUGCACCCCAUGUUCUUUGGAGGUGGGCAAGAGAGGAAUUUCCGGCCAGGCACUGAGAACACCCCGAUGAUUGCUGGCCUUGGCAAGGCUGCAGAGCUGGUGAGCAGGAACUGGGAGGCCUAUGAGGCACAUAUGCAGGAUGUUCGGGACUACCUGGAGGCCAGGCUAGAGGCAUCCUUUGGGAAGCUGGGUAUCCACUUCAACAGCCAGUUUACAGGCUCCAAGCGACUCUGCAAUACCUGCAAUGUCUCCAUCUUGGGCUCAGGCCUUCAAGGGCGCAGGGUGCUGUCUCACUGCAAGACCCUUCUUGCCAGUGUUGGGGCUGCCUGCCACUCUGAGAAAGGAGAUCGGCCCUCCUUGAUUCUGCUCAGCUGCGGGAUCCCCUGCGACAUAGCGCAGAACGCCUUGCGGCUGAGUGUGGGGCGAGACACCACCCGCGCAGAUGUGGACCUGGUUGUGCAGGACCUCGUGCAGGCUGUGGCACAGCUUGGCAAGGACCAAGCCUCGUAGGGCCCAGGAAUCACUCCUUGCCCGUCACCCAGGUUCUCAGGUGGGCAGAGCUGUUGCUGGCUCCACGUGCUCUGGAAAGAAGUGGCUGUUGCAGGUGCCCUAAUGUGUGCCAGUGCCCAAGGAAACGUGUCACCCUGGUGUGGCCAAGGCAGUUGUUCUGAUCACUGACAUUAAGAGGACACGGGUGUCAAAUGCACUGGGAGCGCUGUAACUGGGCUGAAUGAUUUCAGGGAAUCUGGUCUUUUGAUAUUCAUAGGAAUAAAAGCGAUUGCCAUUGCUGUGGCAUAUUCCCAUGUAAAA